GGGAGGGUCGCAGGCAAACUAAAGUUUCGUGUGCUCCGCUGCCGGCCCGUGUCGCAGCAACGCGGGGCAAUGACGCACAGGGCUCCGUGAAGAGCCCACCGAGCUCGCAUGGCUUCUUUUUAAGAGUCGCGCAGGGAACCACGAACGCACGCACGCACGCACGCACGCGUGCCCAGCAGUAUGCGGCGCGGCGAUGGCAGGCAACGCUGUUGAGAGCACCGCGGUGAGGACGCUGGAGGACCUAACGCUCGAUUCCGGUUAUGGUGGCGCGGCGGACUCGGUCCGGUCGUCCAGCGUGUCGCUGUGCUGCUCCGAGCCGCCCCUGCAGUCCCUCCCGCACGGCGGCAACCGCUGGCAUCUGACGGGAUCCAUGCACAGCCGACAGAACAGCUUGGACACGGUCAACACCGUGCUGGCCGAGGACACGGAGGCGCUGGAGUGCGCGAGCCAGCUGUGCGCCAAGCUCCCCGAGCCGGAGGAGGUGCCGUGGAGCCUGGCCGAGGUGGAGGGCGCGCUGCGGCGGCGGCGGCAGCGGCCGGGACCCGGGCCGGAAGAGGAGCCGCCGCUGCCGCCGCCGUCCCCGGAGGUGCUGGCGCGGCUCUCGGUGCUCGUCAGCCGCGCGCUGGUGCGCCUGGCCCGGGAGGCGCAGCGGCUCAGCCUGCGCUACGCCAAAUGCUCCAAGCUGGAGGUGCACAGCGCCGUCAAGGUGGUCCUCUCCUGGACCAUCUCCGUCAACUGCAUCGCGGCCGCGCUCAGCGCCUUGUCCCUGUACAACAUGAGCGCGGCCGACAAGUUCGGUCGCGGCAAAUCAGCGCGCUGCGGGCUCGUCUUCUCCGUGGGCAAGUUCUUCAGGUGGAUGGUGGACAGCCGCGUGGCGCUGCGCGUCCACGAGCACGCCGCCAUCUACCUGACGGCGUGCGUGGAGAGCCUCUUCCGGGAGGUUCUCGACCGAGUCCUGCGCAGUGCCCUGCUGCAACGGGACGACGGAGCGGCCGACCUCAGCCUGGAAGCUUUGGAGCAGGCCGUGGCUGCAGACUCGGAGAUCUGGGGGCUGCUGCAGCCCUGCCAGCACCUCGUCUGCGGGAAGAACUCCAGCGGUGUGCUGAGCCUCCCCGAGAGUCUGAACCUCCACCGGGAUCAGCAGCAGCGCUCGGGUCACGGCUGCCUCACGCCGGCCGAACUGCGCACGUUGGAGCAAUCGUUGCUGGCCACGCGUGUUGGAAGCAUCGGCGAGCUGAGCGAUUUGGUGUCGCGGGCCAUGCACCACCUGCAGCCGCUGCACGUGAAGAACAGCAGCACCGGGAGCCCGCUCCACCACCACCACCACUAUCCCCACCACCACAAGAUGGCCGCCGCCACCGUCAGUAGCAGCAGCAGCGGCAGCUCGGGCGUGGCGGCGACUUGCGGCGGCGGAGACGUCCACUGGGAGCCCGAGGCGCUCUACACCCUGUGCUACUUCAUGCACUGCCCACAGGUGGAGUGGGAGAACCCCAACGUGGAGCCCUCCAAGGUCACCCUGCACACCGAGAGGCCCUUCCUGGUGAUGCCGCCGCUGAUGGAGUGGAUCCGGGUGGCGGUGGCCCACGCCGAGCACCGCCGCAGCCCGGCCGUGGACAGCGACGACGUGCGGCAGGCCGCCCGACUCAUGCUGCCCGGCGUCGACUGCGAGCCCAGACAAAUCAAAGCAGAGGAUUGUUUCUGCGGCACCCGCAAGCUGGACGCCGCCUCCACGGAGGCCAAGUUCCUGCAGGACCUGGGCUUCCGGAUGCUCAACUGCGGACGCACCGACCUGGUCAAGCAGGCCGUCAACCUGCUCGGACCCGACGGCGUCAACAGCGUCAGCGAGCAGGGAAUGACGCCCCUGAUGUACGCGUGCGUGCGCGGGGACGAAGCCAUGGUCCAAAUGCUCCUGGACGCCGGCGCCGACGUCAACGGCGAGGUGCCCGCCACAGUGCGCAAGCACCCGUCCGUUUAUCCCGACGCACGCGGCGGGACGCCGCUCACGUUCGCCGUCUUGCACGGACACGCACCUGUCGUGCAGCUGUUGCUGGACAACAGCGCCGGCGUGGAGGGUUCGCUGCAGGACGGCGCCGACAACUACACGGAGACGCCGCUCCAGCUGGCCUCGGCCGCGGGCAACUUUGAGCUGGUGAGUCUGCUCCUGGAGCGAGGUGGCGACCCGAUGAUGGGCACGGCGUGUCGCAACGGCAUCUCGUCGGCGCCGCUCGGCGACAUGAACUCUUUCAGCCUGGCGGCGGCGCACGGGCACAGAAACGUGUUCCGGAAGCUGCUGUCCCACACGGAGAAGGACAAGGCCGACGUCGUUUCCCUGGAGGAGAUCCUGGCCGAGGGUUCGGCGCCGUCGGCGCAGAAGGCGGCGGCCUCGCACGCUAACGGCGGCGGCGGCGGCACGUUGCGAACAGGAAAGGCCAAGCUGCGCGCCCUGAAAGAAGCCAUGUACCAUAGCGCCGAGCACGGCCAUGUGGACAUCACCAUCGACAUCCGCAGCUUAGGCGUUCCGUGGACGCUGCACACGUGGCUGGAGUCGCUGCGGACGGGCUUCGCCCAGCAGCGCCGUCCGCUGAUCCAGGCUCUGCUUAAGGACUUCUGCUGCAUCCGCGAGGACGAGUACACCGAGGAGCUGCUCACGCACGGCCUGCCCCUCAUGUUCCGCAUCCUCCGGUCCUGCAAGAACGAGGUGAUCAGCCAGCAGCUGUCCGUCAUCUUCACGCAGUGCUACGGUCCCUUCCCCAUCCCAAAGCUCACCGAGAUCAAGAGGAAGCAGACCUCGCGCUUAGACCCGCACUUCCUCAACAACAAGGAGAUGUCGGAUGUCACCUUCCUGGUGGAGGGGAAACCCUUUUAUGCACACAAAGUUCUGCUUUUCACCGCAUCGCCCAGGUUCAAAUCGCUGCUGCAAAACCGACCGGCGGCCGAGAACACGUGCAUCGAAAUCAGCCACGUCAAGUACAACAUAUUUCACUUGGUGAUGCAGUAUCUCUACUGCGGGGGCGCAGAGUUCUUGCACAUACGCAACACCGAAGUCAUGGAGCUACUGUCUGCCUCCAAGUUCUUCCAACUCGAGGCCCUUCAGAGACAUUGUGAGAUCAUCUGCUCCAAGAACAUCACCAACGAGACCUGCGUGGACCUCUACAAGCACGCCAAGUUCCUGGGCGCCUUGGAGCUGACGCGCUUCAUCGAGGGCUACUUCCUGAAGAACAUGGCGCUGCUGGUGGAGCUGGACACCUUCAAGCAGCUUCUGUACGAGGCCCCGCCGCCGGCUCCCUCCUCCCCAGACGGCCCGGCCCCCCCCUGCUCGGACAUCCUGCACGACCUGGAGAAGACGCUGGCCUCUCGCGUCCACUCCAUCCACCUGUCCACCUCCAAAGGCUCAGUGGUGUGACGCGCGCGCCGCCAUCAAUGAUCAGUAGCAAAGCCAGCAAAAGGAACCUUUUGGGCCAAACCUUCUGCAUCUGGGACACUGUGUUACCAAACUCCUCCCACCCUGAUUUUGUUUUUUUUUUUUUGCAUGAGGCCCUUUUAUGCACAGCCUUCUCUCUGAGGAAGUGGAGGACCCCACUGACAUAAUGCGAAGUAUCAUUAGAUCCACGUUUGUCCAACUUUGUCAUCUCUGGCUUGAAUGUGCGCGUCGGACAUUUGUAGCCGGCCGCCGUCCUGCUUUCGCGGCACAUUUCCCCCCUGUAAUAUUCUGGUGAGUUCGAGUCAAGCAAAGGGAUUGAAAUGUGAUGGGAAAUACAAUAGGUAUCGAUCAGCAGUUGUUCUUAAUAAAGUGGCAGCGUGUCCAGUCCAGCAGGCAACCAAAAACAUAAUAGUAAUGCAGUACUGUACUACUAUUGAUUGUAGGCACUUGAAUCGUGUAAAUAGAAACAGAAAUCCUCGACUAUUUCUUUAUUUUCAUACAUAUAGCCCCAUAGAUUUCAUUUUAAUCUAUUUUGUUGAUAUGCAUAGAAAGAGGAUGUUUAAAAAAAAAAAGAUCAAUUAUGUAAGUCUGACUGAGACACAAUGUGAGAAGCAAGGAUGUAGUUGCACUCGUGCUACACUUUCCGUGUUUCCAAUAAAUGACAUUUUCAUUUC